GCUAUAUCCCGUUUUCUUCCCCCUCUAGAUGUGUAGUAGUCCUGUUCCUGUAUGACAGAGCAGAGAAGUCAAUCCACCUCUGACAAUCUGCAGACAAGACAUUACUGGUAAUUCACUAUGGGUUGGACAGUUCUGAUGCUUCUGGGAGUAUUAGUAGAAUUUUCGGUGUCAGCAGAACCACUCGCCCCCUGUCCUGAAGGAUGUACCUGCCUUCCUGUUGAGCGCCACAUCACAUGCAAUGAUUCCAACCUCACAUCUGUACCGCCUGAAAUAGACAACGGCACUAUAGAGCUUCAUAUGGAUCACAACAACUUAACAUUUCUUCAACAGAGCUUUCACCAGGACUUGCCAGAGUUGAGAUCCCUCUACUUGAGAAAUUGUAACAUCAAAACUGUCAAGUCGGAUGCAUUCCAAAAAGUAACCGGCGUACAGCAUCUGUUUUUGGACAGCAAUGAGAUACAGGAAUUUGAGAACGGCACAUUUGACAAUCUCAGCAAUUUACUAUAUCUUUAUCUGCAGGAGAAUAAAAUCCGCUAUCUGCAGCCAGGUAUAUUUUCACCACUGAAAAAUCUUAUUGCACUCUACUUGAGGAACAACCUUCUCACUGAAAUAUCUGAUGGGUCCUUGAAAGGUCUAACACAGCUACGGUGGCUUGACUUAGGGAUUAAUAUGAUCACUAAGCUAUCAAAGGAAGCUUUUGCUGACUCGAAACUGCGAAAACUGAAUUUGCAAAACAACCUCCUUACCAGUGUCCCUUCCCUUAAAAAUAGAAUCAAUCUUCAGACGCUGCACCUGAGUGGAAACAGAAUCGUAAAACUCUCCUCUGCAUCAUUUAGUAGAAACUUUAGGACUGUCCGUGAACUGUAUCUCGAUAAUAUGGAGCUUAAAGAUGUGUCAAGCUCAGCCUUUCGUAGGCUACGCAGGCUUGAUGUGCUUGACUUACGGAACAAUAGCUUGACAUCACUCUCUGUGUCUCAACUGAAGAGCUCCACCAUAAUCUACCUUAGUGGCAACCCUUGGGAAUGUGACUGCUCCAUUACUGAACUCUACAUUCGAUUACUGAUGAGUAAGAAAAAUAAGCCUGAGCAGGAGGUGCUGUGCAAGAGCCCCAAAGGUCUGGAGGGGAGAAGCCUGACUACAAUUAAUAUACUAGACCUCAAUUGCAAAUCAUUUGUUGAUGAGACUACAACCUUUUUCCCAGCAAGCCAAACAUAUCAGUUGAUAAAUUCAGCUUCAUCAGUGGUGACUACCACUAAAGAAGUUACUACAUACAAAACAAGCACACCAACAUCUACUACGUGGAUUAACAUACUAGAGGAGGAUCCAUGCCUUGCUGAUGAUAUAUCUAACGUCUCGGUGAAAGCAACAGGGGAGGAUUCCCUUGAGGUUUCAUGGUCUUGCUCAAGAGCUUACACAUACUUCCAAAUAAACUAUGGUACUGGUGAGGACAAGGAUACACUGUACAUCUCAGGAGCGCAAACAAACAUCCAACUUUUUCACCUGUUUCCUGGUACAACAUACUCUGUUUGCGUUGUCCCACAAAACAGGGAUGGUAUGACAUGUGAGAACCCAAAACCAAAGCAGUGUGCAAGUGGUCAAACGAGUGGACUACCGGAGACAGCAUAUCAUGCCCAUUCUCCACCCAAGGCCACCACCUCCCCAUUUGUGAUUAUUGGAUCAACUGUGGCUGGUGUGGUGAUUUUAGCAGCAGUUCUCAUAACUGCCUAUGCCAUGCGUCCAACUAACUUUAAUUUCCAGCGUUAUCACAAUGAAGAUGAUAUGGAUGGCUACAAGCAAGAGGAAACAGAUCCCUAUAAGUGGGAUAGUGCCUAUGAAAAUGUAGAUGAAGCUAGGCAUGUAUACGUUACUACUUCCAGCUUAUGUGUAAUGGACAAUGAUAAGCUUGACUUUAGCUUGGCUGAGCCUAUAUCUUCUGUUCCAAACUAUGCUUCUCUUUGAUUUCUGCGGGUGUGCUAUGUUAAUGUGCAUCGAUCCAGAUAUAAAUAUACUUUUACUAAAAGGACAUUAUUAGAGUCGCCCUGCAUGGGAGCUUCAGAUGGCAUCCAACCGGAAACUAAAAUUGUGACAACCACCCACCGAGCAGAAUUAGUUUUUUUGCUGUGUCAAGUACUGUAUUGUCUUUGGACACCUAAUGCUUUGUCUCUUAUUAAUUAAAAAAUAAAUCAGUUUGCUGAGCA